AUGUCACACACCACUUUGGAUUUGCCAUGGGUAGAAAAGUAUCGUCCACGUGUUUUGGAUGACAUUGUGGGAAACGAAGAAACAGUUGAAAGGUUAAAGAUCAUUGCGAAAGACGGCAACAUCCCUCAUAUGAUUAUUUCAGGCUUGCCUGGUAUUGGGAAAACCACUUCGGUGCAUUGUCUCGCAUAUGAACUUCUUGGGAAAGAAUACUACCACCAAGCAACCAUGGAACUUAAUGCAUCUGACGAUAGAGGUAUCGAUGUAGUUAGAAACAAGAUCAAGCAAUUUGCCCAGACAAAGAUCCUGAUACCGCCAGGACGAACCAAGAUCAUUAUUUUGGACGAAGCCGACUCAAUGACCCCUGGAGCUCAGCAAGCGUUAAGAAGGACUAUGGAGAUUUAUUCCAAUACGACAAGGUUUGUGUUUGCAUGCAACCAGUCGCUGAAAAUCAUUGAGCCCUUGCAAUCACGGUGUGCUAUUCUUCGAUACAAUAAAUUAUCCGACGAAGAAGUGUUGGCCAGAUUACUCGAGAUCAUAAAGGCCGAGGAUGUCAAAUUCAACAACGAAGGGUUGCAAGCGUUGAUAUUUAGCGCAGAGGGAGAUAUGCGUCAAGCUAUUAAUAACUUACAGAGUACUGUAGCAGGGUUCGGGUUUGUCAAUGAUGUCAACGUGUUCAAGAUUGUUGAUCAGCCGCAUCCUUUGGUGAUUCAAAAGAUCUUGACGCACUCGCUCAAGAAGGAUAUAGACCAAGCAUUGCAGUUAUUGGAUGGUCUUUGGCUGAAGGGUUAUUCGGCAAUUGAUAUAGUUACGCUGUCGUUCAAAGUUGCCAAGACUAUUCCCAAUGUUGAUGAACUGAAACGAUUGGAGAUGAUCAAAGAGAUUGGGUUUACGCAUAUGAGAGUGCUUGAAGGUUUAGGUACUUAUCUACAGUUGAGUGGAAUGUAUGCCAAAAUAUGCAAUCUCUAA